AUGGCUUCGCUGGACACGAUCAUCAUUGGAGCAGGCUGGGCUGGUGCCGUAGCCGCACGCCAUCUCGCGCAGAGCGGGUACAAGGUGCUUGUCCUUGAAGCACGAGAGCGCAUCGGUGGACGGGCGCGGACCUAUACCGAGGGUACGCACGUCCCCGUCGACCUCGGGUGCAGCUUUAUUCACGGAUACAAGGAGGGCAAUCCUGCGAAAGUGAUUGCGAAGGAGCUUGGCAUUGCAGUCGAUGUAGCAAAACCGGCUGACAAUGCCAUAUACGGCGCCAAUGGCCUUCUUGACGCAUCAGCAGCCAACGACCUACGGGAUCGUCUUGGUCAGACGCACGCAGCUGCCCGCAACACAGCUCUCAAUAGCACGUCUCUAUCACCCUCACCGACGACGCCCCUUUCGGCUGCAUUCUUCGACCCCAAUUCCAAACUCAGCACUUCAUCCACGCCCAGCACCGCGGCCGCCUUCGCUCGUACGCUCGAGGUGCCCUUGAAUGCCGUCCUCGAACAGGUGAGCCUGCGCUGGACCGGGUGGGAGGACAACUUCGCGGGAUCCGAUGGCGCGCCCCAGGGUGGUUUCCAGUCCUUCGUCGACCGCGUCUUCUCCGCCGCGACGAACACAGGCAACACUCGCAUUCAGCUCGGAGAGACCGCCAUACGGAUCCAGGAAGAGCAGUCCGGCGUGAACGUCUCGACGGACAAGGGCAUCUACCGUGCCGCGACGGUCUUGUGCACGAUUCCCCUUGGUGUGCUGAAGCGCGACGCUGUCAAGCUGUUCGAGCCGAAGCUCCCGGUGCGCAGAACGGAGACUAUCCAGGGCACGCACGUCGGCAUACUCGAGAAGCUCGUCCUCACCUAUUCGGAGGCCUGGUGGCCGAACGCGGGCUCGGUAGGGUCAUUCACCUUACUAGCAACCAAGUUUUUGGGCGGUGACCCAGAGACAGUGGAGGACGUGCUAUCGUCCACCACGCUCGUCGUCGCCUCCUUCGCGGGCCCAUCCCUGCCGCAUCAGCAUCCGACCCUCCUCUUCUACCUCUCACCCACGCCCGCCCUCGGGCUUGCAAAGUUCUCGCUCGAGGAGGUGACUGACGCUGUGCAUACGUUCCUCGUCUCGCGUUUCCAGCCCGCCGCGCAGCCGGCCAAACCGACGAGCUCCGUUAUGACGGACUGGCACAAGGACCCGCUCGCACUUGGUUCGACCACGACGCCCAGCAUCGCCGGCGAGGGACGCGGCCCGCUUGACUUCGCAGAGCUCGCGAAGCCACUUUGGGGAGGCCGCCUUGGGUUUGCCGGCGAGCAUACGGAGAUGAACCACAGAGGGAGCAUCGCGGGGGCGAUCAUCAGCGGGAGGAGGGAGGCGGAGCGCGUCACUCUUCUGCUCACCAAGCUCGCCGAGGCAUGA